GUGUGUGUGUGUGUGUGUGUGUUUCUCUCCCUCUCAGCCACUCAAUAUGUCGUGGAAUGACUAUAUCGCCACAUUGAUGGGCACCGAUAAAACUGUGACGGAAGACGCAGCGAUCUUGUGCUUCACCGAGAACAGCGAGGCCGUAUGGGCUUCGCAUUCCAAUUUUAAGGAUAUAACGGCGGCUGAGGUGAAGAGGCUGGUUAGCACAGAUCGCAGCACUUUAUUUACCGACGGCUUGACGCUGGGAGGACAGAAGUGCCGCGUCAUCCUCGACAACCUCCACAAGGAGGACGAGGCCAUGAACCUCAUGACGAAGGACGGCAACGCCAUCACCGUGUCCAAGGCAAAAACAGCUCUUGUCCUACUGAAGGGUUGUAAGAGCAUUCAUGGGAGACAGCUGUUACCGCAAACCAUGAACAUGGCCAAAUACCUGAAAGAUAAUGGAUUUUAAAACACACACGCACACAUUCACAGUUGCUCUCACUAUCAUGGUGUGUUUUCCCAGGUUCUUAUAGAUCUUGUUUUUAUGUGCCAAACAAUAAAUCCCUCUCCAAAGCA